UUCACUUCUUUCAGGUUAAAGAAUAUGGGACAAGAUUACAGCUACAGCCAGCCCUCUUCAUCAUCAGACUCUCUGGACAUAACCUCCCUGCUUGAAGCCGAAGCUCAGAUGUACGCGGAUGAAACUGACAGUAGCAACCGCAAUGCAAUGCCGGUUGAUUACCCACGUGAACCAGAGGCUGAUGAUGGAAUCCCCACGACUUGCUACUGUGGAGCUCAGCCUGUUCUCGGCUGCUCUUACACUUCUAAAGACCCAUACAGAAGGUACUUUACGUGCGUUCAUGCUGAUGAUGGAGACUGCCACGUGUGGAAAUGGUGGGAAGUGGCAGUCAUGGAGGAGAUGAGGGAGUUUCAGAGGCAACUUAGUGAUCUUAAGAACACUGCUGGAGAGAGUGAGCAGAAGCGCCUUGGUCUUGAGAAGACGGUAGAUGAGAGUGAGCAGAAGCGCCUUAAACUUGAGAAGACGGUAGAAGAGCUUAGCGCUAUGAAGAAAGCAGGAAUUAAGCUAAUGGUCUGUCUCUUAGUCUUAAUAGGUUUGGUGUUAGUGAUUCUACGAGGAAUUGUUGGAAAGGUUUCAAAGGAGAAUGGCGUUUGUCAGAAUUAUAUGUAA